AUGGCGCGCUUUUUCAAGCUCAGUACCUUCGCUGAGGCGAUGUGCAUGUGCAUGCAAGCUGACACCUCACACUUUUGCACUGCAUGUCAGGUCGAAGACGAGAUUCUGGUCUUAAGCAACUUGUUUGUCUGGAGCGGCCGCACCGCGUGGGCUGAUCUUCAUGACGAGGACGGGGGGGGGAAUUUGGCCCCGAACUUGCAGCAAGUCCCACGGCAGCGGCUUCUUGUGCAGAGGCGCAAGCAUGCCGAACAGGACUCGGAUGAUUUCCAAAGUGUUGCUUCCUACUUCUCGGUGGAAGACUCAGAGGAGAUCGCGUCGGAUGAUUUCCAAAGUGUUGCUUCCUACUUCUCGUUGGAAGACUCCAAGGACAUCGCACGGUUUGAUUUCCUUCAGCUUCGCGAUCUACAGUGCGGGCAGCCACACCCUGCAUUCGCAGGACACCGCUUCUGCCGCUUGCACCACAGCGCAAUCAACCAAUCCUUUCGCCGCUCGUCCUUUCUUCCCCCGAAAGCAAAAGUGCUUGAGCCGGAUGUCCGAAUUCACGCUCCCGUUCCUUCGGGUUGGCGCGCAUUCAAUGUGCAGGGCGAUGGACGGUGCGGAUACAGAGCUCUUGCGAAAUUCUUAGGAAUUUCUUGGACGGAUGUCAUGCAGCGACUCCUUCCGUUGAUGCUGGCCGCGCAGCACACCUUCCAGCCUCAUGAGCUCAUGGCUUUUGUGAUGGCCAUGGACCCUGCCAACCCCUGCUCCCGCGCAGCUUGGCUGUCGCACCGCCACAUUUUGUUGCUCAGCCAGCUGCGCGAUUGGUUUCCGGACGGCAUCGCAGUUCGCAAACUUCACGCCGGCCUUGACUUCAUCCAUUUUCAGCCUGAUGGCGAUGUGCAACUGGCGUCUCACAUUUCUUCCGCAUCUGUUUGCGUUCUGGGACUGCUUAGCAUCCGUGCCCCCCAUUUCGUUCUGCUUCACUCUACUCCUUUUGAAAAGUCGCGAGCGGGGUUGCUUGGGCGAUCUUCUGCCUUGCCUGCGGCCCGUGCCAUGCAGCCAUCGAGUUUGGAUUUCGCCGGCGGCUCUUUUGCUUGCAUGGUGCCGACCAACUUUGAGGAUAGACCUUUGCGUUUUGCUUCCGCAGAACGGUCCUGGAGUCUUGCUCUUCCAGAGCAGCAACUUGUCACUUUCACGCUGCGCUCUCUCCUGUCCGGCGCUCACCUCUGCACUGUGACGCUGCCAGUUUCGGACCUCUGGAACAGAUCGCUCCACAUGGUUCUCAUCAAAGUCAUUGCUAAUGUUUUGCAGGCGUCGCCCUUCCACCUGCGGUUGUUUGCGUCCUCCGACGUGGUCUGUCCAACCCCGACUGGCCCGCAGCUUGCGCCGCUUGUGUCCGUCAAGCUUCUGCGGAUCCCAACGCGCAAAGACUUAGCUGACGAGCUCCUCCGAGCCAUUGACUUGAAUGACGUUGCUUGCGCUCAGGAGCUGUUGUUUGAUGGGCAGUGCCCCAAUCACCCUGCAGAAGGCACCCUGCACCCUCUGUAUGCAGCCCUGAACAAGAAGAAUGUAGAUAUGGUCCGCGCUCUCCUCCUGGCGCGCGCUGAUGUCGCUUGCCGGUAUGAUUUCGGCGGCACCCCGUUGCAUUUGGCUUGCAGGCAAAGCAUGCCAGCAGCUGUUGAUCUUUUAAUCAACGCCAAUGCCCCGGUGGAUGCAACUGACGUGGAACAAGAUUCGGCCCUCCAUGUCGCUGCAGUUUAUGGGGAUGCUGCCUGUGUUCGGCUGCUGCUUGCCGCAUCAGCGCCAGGCGCGAGCCGCAACCUCCGCCUGGAGACCCCUCUCACCGUUGCUGUGGACACAGGUGCGCCGGUUGCUGUCGUUGCUACAUUGAUGCAAGCUGCUUGGCCCGACAGCUGGCAGGUUCUUUUCCAAAUGGAUUUAUUCCAUAUUUGCCGGGCGUUGGGCUUAUGUCGUUUUCCAUUGUUUGCAACUUGCGGCGCGUUGUCUUCCCAACGAGACUGUUAUCCUUUGUUGUCCGGGGGUGUAAUCUUGCGCGAAAGCGCAGAAAGCAGCAACAUAUUGGAGGCGCUGGAGCCUGAGAUCCUCGUCCAAAUUCUGCACUACGCUCUCUCUCCGCAAACUUUCUGCUACACAAUGCGCGUCUCCAAUGAAUUUUGCGAGCUAGUCCAAUCACCGCAUACUUGGCCCGGAAACUUGCGCCUCGCACCAUGCACAUGCCAGCGCCUCUGUGCGAACCUCUGUCUUCGAGCGGUUGUCCAGGCAGUGCCCCAUUCAUGUCCUUACUCCCCUGUUGCCCAUUUGACUUUCGCGCUCGCGCCGCGGCCCCGCAAUCCAUUGUGGUCCUGGCAUCACUACCAUGCUGAGCCUCAUGGCGCCAAUUUCUGGUUCACGAGUUCUGCUUCUCCUUCACCGCCGGUGUUCGCUUUGAAUUUAUCUUUUGCACGCUGUGCUGGUUUGGCGGAGUGCCCGGACUUGGAAUUGCUUCUAGGGGUUUUUGCUUCCGGCUUUUCUUCUUUGCAGGGUUUGCUUCACUUGAGCACCUUCCCCCCCGACGCCCGCAAUGUGGCUGCUGCGAAGCUCAACAUCAAUUCCGGCCAGUGCUGCUCCUUGGCCUCUUUCCUCACACAUGACAGUUUCCAAGCCAACUCAUGUGAUCUGUCGUUGGCCGGCAUCGCUCCACAAAAGUUAACUUUUGCAUGUCGCCAGCAAGACCAAAUCUGCUGCCUGUUUGGCAAUGACGGUUCUGUGCUGCUGCAGUGGCGCUGCGUCGGUUUGCCAAAGAACACGCCGUUAAACUGUUUCGUGGCGUUGCAUUCUCCAUCGGCUCCCCUGUCCAAUUUGGCGCCCGCUCCGUCAAACGGCUUCCGGCGGCCGGUGCGGGUGACACAGGCGCGCUUGCAUCAAGGGGUUGGCCUCGCUCGCGUGCUGCCGUGCCUGGACCUAUGCGGGGGCUUCUGGGAUCGACUGCCGCAGACUUGUCAGCACACAGUUUUGGCGUGUUUGUGUGCUCUUAACGAUCUUGUGACGUUCCUACAAACGCACAGAGCCGCUUGUGCCUUUCUGAUCGAUGCGAGUCAGCACAAUGCACUGGUCGCGUCUGUUUCCCCUUGCUGUUGCACGAGGCUGUGUUUGAACAAAUGCAUUGAAGCGCUGCUGUCCCAAGGUUUUCCGAUCCACAAGAAGUUCCUUUUGGGGUGUUUCAACCCGCGCUCCUUCCCUCCUCUUCAUCGAACAUGGCAAACUUUCCACUCUGUUGACUUUCGCCACGUCGUUCGGAUGGCUUCGCGCAUUUCCCCUUCAGUUUCCACGGCCGUCAUCGAGUUGUCGCCCGUGUUGCUCGGGCAGUCGCAGCUCUACUUGACAAUAGGCAUGAGCACGGGACCUCACCCUGCAGCAGUUGCUUGGCCACACCUCUUCAGCCUGCAGGCCCCAUUUUCCCAACGCGGGCUUCAGCUGGAGAUCCGAGAUGGGCGUUGCAACGGCGCGCGCUGGUGCACAGAAGUCGAGCGAAUGCAAAUGCACGCGCUGCGCCCCAUCGAUUUUUCGCGAUGUCAAACUUUCACCUUUGUAUGCUCUCCUGCAAGUGUUGCGCUGUUUGAUUCCCGUGGGGACUUGGUCUCGCUUUGUCCGCAGCCUUGGCCGGCCACAGAGUCGAAUGAGCUGAAAGGCUUCAUAGGCUUAAGGGGCGCCGCACCUUUGCCCCGCCCGGACCGGGACACCACAAUUAUUCAGCCAGUCUUGACUCAAGCUCGUCGCGAAGCCUUGCAGCUGCAGCCUCUGCUGCGUAUCGUCGGGCCACAUGUGUUGCACAUUGGUCCCUUGACAUUGACCGGCGGUGGCAAGGCGAGUGGAUCCAAAGCCGGCAGCCGCCGCCCAACCGACCCGCGUUCCACCAAGGCUCACCGCCAAGACGUGGCCAUGCCCAAACGGGCUUUGAUCAUCAAACGCAAGUGGGCCGAGCUCAUUCUUUCAGGCGAAAAAACGUGGGAGGUUCGCGGGGAGCCGACCACGAAGCGGGGAAGGAUUGCGAUCGCACAAGCUGGUUCCAAACAAUUGGUGGGGGAAGUCACCCUGGCCGAAUGCUUUCUCAUCGGUGAGCAACCUUCACCUGGCAUUUGGGUUUCCACGGGCCCUCCUUCGCAGUACAUUUGGGCACCCGACAACGCAAACAAGCAUUGCAUUACUGACCAAUCGUCGGUGAACUACAAGAAAGCCUAUGCGUGGGUCAUGGAACAUGUGCGCAAGUAUCCUGCGCCGCGGCCGUACACCCACAAACUAGGCUGCAUGAAGUGGGUUAAGCUGGAUGGCGGUAGUGUGGCCCAAUUUUCAGCCGGCGCAACCAGCGCGGCAGGCAACCCUUUGUGGUGCGACGCAAUGGACUCCGACUCCACUGGAUCUGUUUCUGUCACCUCGGCCGCUGCUUCCGCUCCAGUGGUAUUUUGCGACGAUCAUUUCCAUUUUGAGUCUUCGCCAAGCCGGCUGCUUUCCCCGAAUCGAACGCCCGCUUCGACAUUGCUCGGCGCCAGUUACCCCGGUUCUCCGCGCCUGCGUACUCCUCACAGUCCAACUGUUACUGUUGGGGAGGUUCCGGCGAUUUCACUGUCAGCGGCCCUCCUUCGUGACGAUGCUUCUGAUUCUAGUUCUGAUGCCUGGGCAGACGCGUCUUUGGCUUUUCUUUCUUCCAACUGCAGAGCUUCCUCGUUCUUUCAGGCGUUGCAGAACGCGUGUGGCUUGCGUUCUGCUUGCUUGGCAAAGACUUGCGCGCAGCUGGCUUUAACUUCGUCUGCGUGGCAUUGCUUCUUCUCCCAUCCAAAACGCUUUUCUUCUGAGCUUCCUUUCUCCUUCAUUCAAGACGUCCACUCCCACCUUUCGUGUGCGCCGCUACUGCUUUGGAUCCUUCCGGCCGGUGAUCUGCUUCUCUUGUCGGAUGGUUUUUGCGAGCCGUAUGAAGGCAGUGUUGUGGAUUUUCCAACGAUUGUUUUGAACUCUACCAAUGCUUGGUUCUUUCCCGUGGUGAUGACAUUGCGCCCCAUUGUUGUCCCAGCGUUGAGCUCUUGUCCCGCAGUCGGAUAUCUGCACCUUCUCGUUUUUGGAUUGGCUCCCACGCUUCUACCUCCGACGGAAAACCUUUUCCAUUGCUUCAAAACUACGCGCUUGGAAUGCGUAGGUCACUUGGAGACGCUGCGUGACACAGUAGCGUUGUCCAUUUGCCCUUGCAUCCUGGAAAUGGGCCAGCAUCUUUGUGGUCGGGGGCUCUCGCAGCUUGCUCUUGUGUUGGCUCCUGCAGAGCCUGUAGACCUUUUGAUCCUGGACAGCAACAGUUGUUUGUUCCACGUCUCCAGCUUCCACACCUUCCAGCGAAUUGAAUGGGGCGCCGCAUUGCUCCGGCUUAAGAACCCAAAUUGUUUCCUGUUCGUUUUCAUCCAUUCGACCAAGCAUUUUUUGCAAGCGCUCUUGCGCGUUCCAGGUUCCACUGGUCACGCCGAGGCUUGGCUAGGCCGGGCGCAGCCCACGGCUCAUGCAGCGUGCGUGGCGACCGUUCCAUUGAACCUGGCAGAACCCACGCUCACCGAGCGGCUCAGCCGUGAAGCGCUGACAGUUUUUACGCCAUGCGAGUUACUCACUUCCUCGCCAGACGCUGCCAGUUGCACAGCGGGUGCGUCGGGCCCUGCGCAAAUGGAAGACGACUCAGUCAAUGCCUGUAUAGCCUCGCCGGGCAAUUUGCUUCGGGGUACACCUGAAGACUUCAACCGAGCUUUUGCAGACGUGUACCGCAAAGAUCCAGAAAGAGCAAAGCUGAUCUCUCGAUACAUCCUUGCCGACCUUGCCCCCUUCCCACAUGAGCAGCUGAAAAAUGCCUUGCCGGACGUCUAUUCAAUGACAGACAACCUUGCCCAAAAAGCGGGCUGCCCCUUUGAAUGGGCUUUCCUCCUUUUUCUACCCGUUCUUGGCACUGCGUGCUCCAAAGCCAGGCUGUUCAUCAACGAAUUUUUCCUCGUGCCGCCGCUGCUUUGGUUGGGCUUAUGCCUCGACAGCGGCGCCAACAAAAGCGGCAUCAUGACAGCCUUGGCAGACAUCGUCUCUGGCUUUGAAAAGGAGUUGCUCCAAAAGGCGCUGGACGAAGCUCGUAAGGAAGCGCAGCUGGCAGAAGAGGAGGAGGAUGCACACGGUGCGGAGCCAGAUGAGCGUUCGUCAAAAAAACGCAAGACCUCCUUGUCGAAAGCAUUAGCGGCCAUCCACAACAACAAGCCCGCCUUGUUUUCCGACGAAGGCUCGUUGCCCGCCAUUGGCAUGCAAAUGGCGCACAACGGGCACCGGGCUAUUGGAUUAUAUGAUGAAGGCCGGUUCCUUCUCCGAGCGCUGGCCAACGGAGAAGGUUCCGGAUUUAAUGCCUCCAUUAUGUCCAAGCUCUUUAAUGGCUCCAUUUGGAAAAGGACGGUUGUGAAGGAUAACAACCGCUUCUCCAUGCACCAGACAUGCCUUUGUUUAGCAAUGACUUUCCAUGUCGAGGAAUGGCAUGACUUUCUGGCCAAAGAUGGUGCCUUGGGCAUGCAAAGUCGGUUUCUCAUGUUUCACAGCAGCCCCCGCCUCGAGAAAGCAGACGCAGUCCUCGAACCUGCGGUGUAUUCCACGGGGGCUGCGCGCUCUCGAGGUGCGCCGGUCCUUCCAGCUUCAUUGCUCACCCAGUUUGUUUCUGUCCUCACAAGAAUCGAAAACGUUCACACUGCAAAUGCUCCUGAUUUUGAUGCGUCGCGGGAAUUCAUUCCAUAUUUCUUUGCCCCCGAUGCCUUGGAUUAUUUUCGAGAGCACUACGACGCCCAAGUUCUCACGCAAGAACAAUCAUACUUGCAGGACCCAAAGCUUUUCAGCCAUGCCGGCAAAUUGAAAUCACUUCCCUGGCGUUUGGCUCUGUUGUUGCAUUCUUGGGCGCGUGCGUGUUCUGCCGCCGAUCAGUCAGGCACGGCUUGGAGCAGAGAGCUUUCUCGCGAAGUCGUGGAGCCGGCUAAAGCUAUUUUCGAUUAUUUGUCCUUGCAGUCUCAACUGCUCGCGCCGGGAUCCAACCUCGUCAGCACCUUGGACACGCACGACUUGCGCGAGCUUGCUGCGCAGAGGUAUCCGUAUCUUAUCACUUUGAUCGAAACCGAUACUCUCCCAACUGCUCGCGCAGAAGCUGCCCCUGCUAAUUCGUUGCCGGAUGCUAGCCCGUCUUUCACUGUUUGGUGGGAAGCCCUUUCCCCGGACAACAAACUCUAUGCUUUCGUUGCUGCGCACUGGGUUCUCACGAGCGCAAGCACAAUCAUGGUUGACCAGGGGACCUUGCUGAAGAAACUUCAUGCAAAAGACACAGGCGUGGCAUUACCAAGAGAUGCUACCAAGCCAUAUUGCCAAAACGCGUUUUUGCUUCUGAAAUAUUUCCAGUUGGCAGCCUUGACCAGGACCUCCGAAAAGGCGAACAGCUUGGCGGAGUACGCAGAAUCCUGCCUAACGGUGACCGCGUCUAUCUCCACUCUGUAUGCUGCCGACUUGAAGGUCCUGUUGCCGCCCGAUUUCGAUGUCCCGCGCAUGGAGCAGUGCUUGCAGCUGCUCACGCAAUACGCCACUGACGCCCGCCCUUUCGAGCACAGUGCCAAAAUUCUGAAUGUCAAAUCCCAGCGCGUGGCAGCCAAGCAGGUAGCGCCUAACAAUCCUCCUCCUCCGCCUCCAGGAACCGAGAUGUUAGCCGGGGCCACACACAGCGACGCGUGCUCUUCGUUGAUGUACCCAGGGUCCCUCAGUUUGUUGCCUGCUUUCGUUCUCGCGUUCCACCACGCGGAUCCUGCAUGUCGAGCGUCUGUGGCGCACGCAUUGCUGCAACAACAAUGUUUCCAUCUUCACCUGUCUGAAAGGGACUGCGACUUUAUUCUUGGCAAGCUUCUCCGACGUGCCCCGUAUUGGCUUGGAGCUGAGUGCCACUUGCCAAAGCACAUUCCCACGAGAUGCAUUCAACCAGACGUGAAACAUUGUCUGACGUGCCACGCACAUCUCAAAUGUGCCGCCGCUCGCGCAGUGCCUUGUGCGCUUGGCUUGCAUUGCGUGGAACAGGUCCUGCUCCUCAGCUACUCUUGCUGCUCCUGCAGUCGCUCUUAUUUUGGACCGUGGUUUGAGGGCAAAGAUGCAACUGGUGCGCGGGCUAGGAUGCUAGUGCAAGACAACCCACGCUACUUCUGCAUCACGCAAAACAUCGUCUUUGCGACAGCUUUCUUGGACCAAGUCACCGAUAUUCUGCUUCAUUGCGGCGAUUCUUUCCGAGGCAUUGUGAAUGUGCUGCGGCCCAAGCUCCACAUGAAAAUUCGAACGCUGGAGAAGCAUCUCCGCGAUUCGUGGCUGCAAUACUCCGUGUGCAAGUUUUUGACAAACAAUCGCACUUCCAUCAAUUGCUUUGUCGGCAAGAAUGGCAUGGAACCCUGGUGCCGUGGACUCGAAGACCAGGUGCUUCACCAAUUUCAGCGUCGCUGGCUCCUGCAACACCAGUGUUCCAAGUGCGAACGAGGCAUUCUAGGCGUGGACGGCAAUGCCAAAGUUCGUAGCAAACUGUGCGCCAACACGGAUGCGGGCGUAUGGGAUUGCAGGCCUCUGAACGCCCAUUGCCGGACUGGAUGCCAGAGUGCUCCCAUUCCUAGUCGAAAAUAUUGCGCCGUGCACCUCCGAGAUGCUGACCCGAUUUUUGGUUGCGAUCUCAUUUUGCAAAUGAUCCUUUCCUUCCUCGCAACGACAGCAACCCUGCUUUCUCGCACCGAAGCUGGUCGCCACAAGUCGCCAGAUAUUGUCGCGCUUUUCCCGCUUUGUCGACGAACGCGGAAAGCGUUGAGUUUUGCUGUGAGCCACGCUAAGCUUCAAUAUCCAGUUUCGCUUCUUUCUGUCAAACGUAUUCCGCGUUCGCGGCGGUAUGCUUUCCAAACCAAGACAGGCCAAGCCUUUUCGCUAUCAAGCGCCUUGGUUCCCACGCACUACCAACAGCAAUAUGGUCAAUCCUUGUUGGAGCCCGUUUCACGAGAGUGCCAAUCAAAGCCACGCGUCGGACAUCAAGUCCAGUUCUCUGCGUCCGAGAAAAAUGACGCGUGUCGCCGGCAAUGGGAAAAAUCUCGUGCAGCACGGCGCAGUGGGGGCGUUUUAGCCGCUGUCAAGGAAUGCCAAAUCAUCAGCGCCAUCAAGCUCGUGUACACCCACGAAUCCCCAACAGGGGUCUACUUUUUCUUGGCUGAGCUGUUUGAGUUUCUGUCUGCCGGCCGCAAUGUCAAUUUGAAGACUGCCAAGCGGAAGACUCGCCUGCGAACACUUCAGCAAACCAUGCCGCUGGUCUUUUACGAUUGCGCGUGCACGUUGCAGCGCUUCAUGGCUUCCAAGAAACGACGCCGCAUGAGCAAAGUUGCUCGUACCCUCAGCCGGCUUCGCCUUGUCAUCGACAAGUUCCAUUUUCGCAAAGGGCACAGCGGCUGCAAGCCUGAUGGCACUCGCCCGUUUCCCAAAACGUGGCCUCAGACGCAUGCCUCGAGCUUCCCCAACAUUAAUGACAGCGCAGCUGAACAAUCUUUUGCGUUUGUUCGCAAAAUUGCGGUGGCGGCGCGGCGCAUGACCCCAGUGCGUGGCCUUCUCUUCCUUGCGUCAUUGCUGCACGCUCGCAAUGUACAACUCGAACUCAUGGGGAUCAAAAAGGCAGAACUGGCAGCGGCCAAGAAGCGAAAAUUCAUGGCGCGCCGCAACUUCCAGGAUGCAGUGGAAACGCUGCCAUUUCGACGACCAGCUUCGCAGCAGCUCUAA